AUGGCCCCGAGGCCCGCACCCCCCGCGCCCCCCGCGCCGCCGCCUCCGCCUCCCGCACCGCCGCCCGGCGCCUCGACUAAGGGGCCGCCGGCGCGCAAGCUGCUGUUCGUGUGCACCCUGUCCCUGUCGGUCACCUACCUGUGCUACAGCCUCCUGGGCGGCGCGGGCGCCCUGCAGUUCCCGCUGGCGCUGCAGGAGCCGCCGAGCCCGCCGCCCUCCCCGCCGCCGGGCGAUGCCAGCCCCGCGGCCGACGCCUGGCUCCGGACCCCGCUGGCCCCCGGCGGGACGGUCACGGCGCGGGAGCCCGGCGCCCCAGACGACGACGAGCUCGCGGGCCCCAGGGCGGCCAACGCGAGCGGCGACAGGGGCGGCGCCGCCAGCACCCCCGACUACGGGGAGAAGAGGCUGCCACAGGCGGUCAUCAUCGGGGUCAAGAAAGGGGGGACCCGCGCGCUGCUGGAGGCCAUCCGCGUGCACCCGGACGUGCGGGCGGUGGGCGUGGAGCCCCACUUCUUCGACAGGAACUACGACAAGGGGCUGGACUGGUACAGAAAUGUGAUGCCCAGGACUGUGGACGGGCAGAUCACCAUGGAGAAGACGCCCAGCUACUUCGUGACGAGCGAGGCCCCGCAGCGCAUCCACUCCAUGGCCAAGGACACCAAGCUGAUCGUGGUGGUGCGCGACCCGGUGACGCGCGCCAUCUCCGACUACACGCAGACGCUGUCCAAGAAGCCCGACAUCCCCACCUUCGAGGUGCUGGCCUUCAAAAACCGGACCCUGGGGCUGAUCGACGCGUCCUGGAGCGCCAUCCGCAUCGGCCUGUACGCGCUGCACCUGCAGAGCUGGCUGCGCUACUUCCGCCUGGCGCAGAUCCACCUGGUGAGCGGCGAGCGCCUCAUCGUGGACCCCGCGGGCGAGAUGGCCAAAGUGCAGGACUUCCUGGGCCUCGCGCGCGUCGUCACGGAGAAGCACUUCUUCUUCAACAAGACCAAGGGCUUCCCGUGCCUCAAGAAGCCGGAAGAGAGCGGCGCCCCCCGCUGCCUGGGCAAGAGCAAGGGCCGGACUCACCCCGCCAUCGACCCCGACGUGAUCCUGCGGCUGCGGAAGUUCUACAAGCCCUUCAACAUGAUGUUCUACCAGAUGACAGGCCAGGACUUCCAGUGGGAGCUGGAGGAGGGUGACAAGUGAGGCUGGCCGUGUGAGCGGAAGCCAGUGGGCAGCCCAGGGGACCCCCACCUGAGCCCUGAACCCCGGGUCUGGGGCCUCGGCCUUGCUGGAAGGCCCGGUCACCUCCACCUCCGCCCGUCAGGGCCGCUCCCAGGCCUGUGGCAAAGGGGUGGGUCCCCGGGUCCUCCCGGAGGAACCCGACGGCCGGCGGCAGCGUCUGGUUGACCAGAUGAGCACGAGAAUCCAGGGCCCAUGCCUGUCUUCUCCUUAACAGAAUCUGAAGACAGGAUUCAGUAGCUGUCAAGGUCAGAAGCCGUGCUGUGAACGUUGUUUAAGUGAAAACAAAGAAAGUAAGGCCUGCUUUUGGGGGCUCCCUUCGCUUUGGGAAGCCUGCCCUCCAGCCCUGUAUGUGGCCCAGGCCCUGCCGUGUAACCUCUGCUUUCGCAUCUCUCCAGAAUACUGAUUGUGGCCGCGUGGCCUGGGACUCGUGGGGGGCAGGGUCCUCGCCCUGAGGUGUCGCUAGCCUUCCUUGAACGUCUCGUCCCACAACCUUUGACUCCCGCCCUCCUCAUCUUACUAACGGCGGGGCAUGCACGUUCCUCACCAAAAAACGCAGACACCCCUGGAAGCCUUCCUUUGAAGGAGGGUUGGGCCUCUCUCUUCGUGAGCGUCCUGGGUGGUGGAGAAGCGAGCUUCUGCCCUCGUGCCAGAGUCAGGCCCACGGGGCACUGUGCUGGCAGCUGAGUUCAGAGCCCUGAGCUUGGUCAGGAGGAAUGCCAGCUCCGGACGCCAAAAAAGAAAGCCAGUCCUCCUGGGGGCGGGAGGGAGGCCUCCAUACCUGCAAACCCUCUCCCCCAGCAUCAUGGUUCUGAGACUUGCUCUUGGGGUGGGUUCUGUCCCUUAGGGUCCCCAGAGGGGCAAGGACCAGAAAGUUGGCAUGUCUGUUGUUAAGAAUAACCCUUCGCAACACAAUGAGCAGGGGUCGGUCACCGUUCUUCUGUCUGUUCCACCGUCUCCCCCUCGUGGUCACCUCACGCUUCGUUUGCUCUGCUCAGAGAUGGCACAUAUUGGGGCAGUGACAAGAGGGCUGACGCCACUUGUCAGAUCCAGUUUAUGGGGGUGGGGGAGGCAAGGGCUGUGUGCGGACACCCCCUCAAGGGCUGCUGGCUGACGUGUCCCUUCCCAUUAGUUUGAUUCGAUUGAAAUGCAGCAUUUCACGUAAAGCACUUCUUCACGGAGCUCCAAAACCAGGAGUCACCUAGGACCACUGGGGACAGGAGUGAGGGCAGCUACCUGUUCAGCUGUUAACCUGUCAUUUCUCCCGCUAAAUGAAAACUGUGUUGUUAUAAAGCUUAAUGCAACCUGAUUCAUGGGUUCGAUGGCGUGUUUGUGUUGG